CGUCAGGGAGGGCUGUAGUGUGGCCCGCCUGGUGGGAGGACGAGGGGAUCGGGCCCUGGCUCGCCUCCUGCCGCUCCGCGACGCGGCCGGCGGAGACGCUAAAAUCCUACCUUCUGCUAAGCCUUUCCUGCUUCUGCUUCCAUCUGAGAUUGCCUCCAGUUUGCCUGAACCUUGGAUGAAUGGACAGGGAUAUACAGAAUAGGAAGAAAAGGAACAAGGCUUCUACUUCUCUUGAGAAAUUAAAAGUCCUUUGUAAAGAAGAUGAAGAGAAUGUGAAUCCAUCAAUUCUUAUAAAGCUUUAUACACAGGCUAUACUGGAUAUGACAUAUUUUGAAGAGAAUAAGCUGGUAGAUGAAGAUUUUCCAGAAGACACUUCUUUACAGAAAGUAAAGGAGUUAAUCACUGUUCUUUCAGAACCAGAAGUUGUAAUUGAAGAAAGUAAUCUAUAUUCAAAACACUCUGAUAUGCUUGGGACAGAACUUCUAGAAUGCCUUUAUUGGAGACGGGGAGCCCUACUUUAUAUGUAUUGCCAUACUGUGUCAGCAAGGGAAGAGUGGCAGUCAGCAAAGACAGAUGUGCUUAAAAAGUGCCUCAUUGAUGGAAUCAAUUACUUGCUAAAGAUGUUUACUUUUCGCUGCCCUGUUCAACUAAAUGAAGACGUUUCUUUUCAAGACAUAGACACAGCUAAGUUACUUAGUGAAGGUGUGUUCAGUGACACUCAUUUACUGGCCAUGAUGUACAGUGGAGAAAUGUGUUAUUGGGGACUGAAGUAUUGUGUAAAUGAAGAGCCAGAAAAUUGUGACAUGGACACUAAUGGACCUGGGACAAGCAGCACUUCACUCAGAGAAUCCUUGGAUUUUCGAGAAAUAGGAGAAACGAUUUUAAAAAAGUACAUAUCUAUUUGUGAAGGACCUUUGAAAGGACAAUCAUGGAAUACAACAAAUGCAAAGCAAAUACUAGACUUCUUCCAACAUUACCAUCUCUAGUACAUUCUUAUAUGUGUUAUUUUCUCCCUUUUUAACUACAAAAAGAUACUUUUUUUUCAAGAAUUCUGAAAAAUAAAAAAUUUGCUAAUUCUGAACUAAUGUAAUUUUAGCUCACAUUAUGCAGGGUAGUAUGGUUAUAGGGUUUCUUUUUUAUCUGUUAAGCUAUCAACAUAAUUUGAUUUUCAAAAAAUUUUAAACUUCCAAAAUAACAUCUCAAAUUACAAUCUCAUUAUGUAUGUAAAUUGUUGUAUAUUUCUAACUUUUUUUCCUUUUUUGCAUUUUUUCCUCAAUUCCAUGUAAAAAACAGUUUUUAAUAAUAGUUUUUGAAACCCUGAGUUCUAGGCAGACACUGGCUAAACCAGGUUGAGGGUAACCAACGGGCUUCAAACCCAUUUACAUUUACUUCUUGGUGAGUUAGGAGGAUGUCUACCCCAAGCAUAUGAGGAGAGAAUGAGAACAGUUUGUUCCAAGAGCCACAAAGGUAACUGAAGCAGGUGCUGUGGAGUGCUUGGAGCUUGAUCAAGCAUUGAACAUGCCAUGGUCAUCCAUUACAUCUCAGGCCAUCACCAUCAUCCUGACUUUUGUCUUGCCACUGAACUUCAAUGACUGGAAGAGAGUGAGACUGACAACUGUGCAACUCUGCCUCACUUAAAUCCAAUUCACAUAGGAAUUAAGAUAGCAUCCUGUGCGGGGCAGCUAGAAGGCGCAGUGGAUAGAGCACCGGCCCUGGAGUCAGGAGGACCUGAGUUCAAAUCCGGCCUCAGACACUUAACACUUACUAGCUGUGUGACCCUGGGCAAGUCACUUAACCCCAAUUGCCUCACUUAAAAAAAAAAAAAAGAUAGCAUCCUGUGAUGUCAUUGGUCCUCUUUGAAAAUGAAAGAUGAUUAAUACCACCAGGACUUACCAGGCCUUAUUGAUUCUACCUCCACAACAUAUUUGACAUCCAUUUUCUUUUCAUUUCCUUAAUACACUAUGCUCCAACCAUGCUGGUCUGUUGACUGUUCACAAAUUCAUUGAUGAUCCAUGUACUUUCUUAGCUUUAAAAAAAAAAAAUUUCAUUCCAAACUUGACAGAUGUGAACAGACAUGAACAUUUCCAUAUACAAUGAACAGAAAACAAGAUUUCAUAUGAAAUCACAAAUCUUUAUUAUGUACUGCUCUUUUCCUUUUUUAAAGCAUAUUGUGAGAAAAUAAUUAUUAAUAAUAAGUUUCUUGGGGGGACCCAGAUCCAGUUUUAGUUACAUUCUCUUCCUUUACCCCCUACCUGCCCUCCUUCCCCCUUUCCCCCCAACACACACACACUCACUUCAGAAAGUUCAGUUCUUGAGGAACUUUAGCUAAUCUAUUUUGGACCAGCCUAAGUGUACAAUAGGAAUGGAGUUAGAUUCUUUUUUCUAGCUCAUUGAAGGACUGAUGGGAUUAAACCACACUUAGAUAAUGGACUUUGCCUUGAGCAACUUGGGGGAGAGGUUUUUUUUGCACACUUCCUCCUGAUGUCAUGGCGCAGUUCAUUUUCAUUUGGACCAUCUUCAGGUCACAUCAACCAAUGGAAUUGAAUGAUGCUAACCAAUUAGCUUUGAUCAAUAUAUAGUGACCAGCCUCUAUCAAAAAAGGAUAAAAGCUUCAACCAAGCAAGGGUCAAUUGGUGGGUGCCAUCUUGGUUUGGAAUGCUGCCUCUCGGUGCUGGCUCUCCUCUUAGGACAGCAUAGGUAUGGUAGGGCUUCUGAACUCUCUUUGAGACCAUGUGAUUGCUUUCUGAGAGACAACAUGGUGCUGGGGCUUUCUCCUGCUUGUGCUGAAUUGCCAUGCCGUUUGCCGUCAAUUCUUUACUUAUUAAUAAUAAAUGAUUACUGCCAAAAUGGGUGCAAUAGCCAUUAUUAUAUAAAUAGCCAUUAAUAUAUAAGUAACAAAUAAUUUCUAAAAGUACAGUCUAGCAACAGUAAUUAAAAAAACAAUAUGAUACAUUCAAAGAGUUUAAAAAUCUAGCUUAUUGGUGUCUCCUAUUGAACUUAAAUCUGUGCAUUCUCUUCAAUGUUUCAUUGAUGCUCUUUUCCUCAUUUUUUGCCAUCACUAUAGUUUCCCUUCUCCCCAAAUGUAAAUAUAAAUUCCUCCAAAUAAAAAGUAAAACUAACCCUUUCUUAUAAUAAGUUAAAUAUAGUCAAUCAAGACAGAUCCACACAUUGUUGAAAAAUAGGUGUGUAUCAUUUUGUACCUUUAGCUCAUCAUCUCUCUGUUAGGAAGUGGGAAGAAUGCUACAUCACCCUCUUCUGGAGUUAUGGUCAGUCAUUGUAUUGCUCAGAGUUCUUAAGUCUUUCAAAGCUAUUUUUCUUUGUGAUAUUAGAGUAAUGUACAUUGUUCUCCUGGUUCUGCUCACUUCAUUCUAUAAUAGUUCAUUACAAGUCUUCCUGAUUUCUGUGAACCCCAUUCUUUUUGUCAUUUGCUUUAGUACGAUAUCCAUGUACCAAAAUUCAGCUAUUCUUGCAGUUAAUGGACACCCCUUUACUUUCCACUUCUUUACUACAACAAAAAGUGCUGCUAUAAAUAUUUUUGUACAUAUGGGUCCCUUCCUUUUUGUUUAAUCUCUUUGGGGCAUCUGACUAGUAGCAAUACCACUGGGUCAAAGGAAGUGUAAUUGGGGCAUAAUUCCAAAUUACUUUGAGAAUCUGUCUCAGGACUUGCAUACGAGCUGCCCCCAUACCCAGGAGCACCCUGCUUCCCCAAUGUUGCCUUCUAGAAGUUGCCUUUUCCUCCAGGGGUCAGUUCAGGGGAUUUCGGUUUGGAUAAAACCUUUUAUAGUGUUCUCUGUCCUCUUCCCCCCCUCCCCUCCCGGUUUUGAAUGCUUUCGACUUCUUUGGUUUAUCUUAUGUAUGUAUGUGUGUGUAUGUAAGUGUUUUACACUUGCAGGAUAAUAUAAGCUUGCAGGCAGGGACUGUUUUGUAUUUGUCUUUUUAUGUCUAGUACUUAAUAUAGUGCCUUGCAUAUAAUAGAUGUUUAAUAAAUGUUUAUUGAUUUUAAUUUUGAGAAUUCCUUCAUCUUUUUAAGUGGAAUUUGCCAUCCUCAUUACUGUGAGAGCUCAUCAAAUGAUUGUUUUAUAGGAUAUAAUUGUAAAAAUCUAUGUUAUGUAGCAGGCACACUAAACGGUUAAAUCUUAGGACUGCCACUGGUUAACUAUGACCUCUUGGGCAAAUUAAAUUCCCUGAAAAUUUCUGUAAAAUGGGGAUCCUACUACCUGACCUAUCUAUCUCAUAGGUCCAUUGUGAAGUGAAGUGCAAUAAUCUAAGUAAAAGUUUGAUGUAAAUAUAAGGAGCCAUUAUUAUAAUAAACAGUUGUCAUUUUAUAAGAACAAAAAAGCUUUCUUCCCAUUAUGACUACAUGAGAAAUGGGCAGUUUAGUUAGGGGAGACAGUAAACGCAGAAUCAGGAUCUUCAGUUUCUCAUUAAUUUGCUUGUAUGUAUGUGACAAUUUCUAACAUUUAGGUUUGUAUUUUCUGUUUUCUGACCAAUGAGAGGCAGCAGAAAUGGACAAUGUGGACAUAUUCUCGGGUCACACAUGCAACAAGUGGAGAGCACCCUAAACUCCCAAUCUGUACGGAGGAACUAUGGGACUUUCAGGAAUCUCCUCUGCCCUGCUCAUUGCAUAUUAUUAACUAGGGGGCUUCUGGAAAUGUGGGGCAGUGAUUUUCUGUGGCUGUGAGGGAUUUUAUGAUACAUUCACAGCUGUUGUGUAAUAGCUGAGAACUACAUCAUCUCUCUUGGAGUUUGACUUAGUAGUUUAUAAGUAUUUUACUUUUAGAACUCUGAUAGAACAUAAAUACCUAGAAAGCAGGGACAUUUUCCAUUUUUGUCUUUUUAUGCACAGUUCCUAGUCCUGCACCUCGCUUGGAGCUACU